AUGAUGUUCCAAGAAAACGGGAAUGGUGAAAUGGGUUUAUCUGGAAUUCCCUUGGGAACAAAGAGCAAGUACAAGAGGAUGAGUUCCCAGGUUCCUGAUGAUAACGAUGAUGUUUUGCAUCAACAACAAUUGGAAGAUAAGAGGAACAGUACUAGGAAAUAUGUUAUCGCAUGUGCCAUCUUUGCUUCUCUCAAUAAUGUUCUUCUAGGUUACGAUGUAGGUGUGAUGAGUGGUGCAGUUAUAUUUAUAAAAGAGGAUCUAAAUAUAACUGAGGUACAGGUAGAAUUUUUGAUUGGUAUUCUUAGCAUUGUUUCUCUAUUGGGUAGUUUGGGUGGUGGGAGAACAUCAGAUAUUAUUGGUAGAAAAUGGACAAUGGCAUUGGCUGCAGUUAUAUUCCAAAUUGGUGGAAUUACAAUGACUUUUGCCCCUUCCUAUCAAGUACUCAUGAUUGGAAGAUUGUUAGCUGGAAUUGGAAUAGGCUUUGGAGUUAUGAUCUCACCUAUAUAUAUUGCUGAGAUAUCACCAAAUCUCACUAGAGGCUCUCUUACUGCUUUUCCAGAGAUUUUUAUUAAUGUAGGAAUUAUGCUUGGUUAUGUAUCCAAUUAUGCGUUUUCUGGUCUUUCGGUACAUAUAAGUUGGAGAGUAAUGCUUGCGGUUGGUAUUUUGCCUUCGGUAUUCAUUGGCUUUGCCCUUUUCAUUAUUCCCGAGUCGCCGAGGUGGUUGGUAAUGCAGAACCGAAUUGAAGAAGCGAGAUCGGUGUUGUUGAAAACAAACGAAGACGAGAAAGAAGUGGAAGAGAGGCUAGCAGAGAUACAACAGGCUGCUGGUUUUUCCAAUUCUGAUAAAUAUGAGAACAAACCUGUUUGGCGUGAAUUGCUGUUUCCUCCUCCCGCGCUUCGCUGGAUGUUGAUUACAGGUCUUGGAAUUCAGUGUUUUCAACAGAUCUCAGGAAUUGAUGCAACUGUCUAUUACAGUCCAGAAAUUUUCCAAGCAACGGGAAUUGAAGAUAAGAAAAAACUUCUAGCUGCUACUGUUGCUGUAGGUAUAUCAAAGACUGUUUUUAUUUUGGUGGCCAUUGUUCUUAUUGAUAAAGUUGGUAGAAAACCUCUUCUCGUUACAAGCACAAUUGGGAUGACAGUUUGUUUGUUCUGUAUGGGAGCUACUCUUACAUUUUUUGAAAAAGGGCCGUUAGUGAUUGGAUUGGGUAUUCUUUUUGUUUGUGGAAAUGUUGCAUUCUUUUCAAUUGGACUCGGCCCUGUGUGCUGGGUUUUGACAUCUGAAAUCUUCCCUUUACGUGUGCGUGCUCAAGCAUCCGCCCUUGGAGCUGUGGCUAAUAGAGUCUGCAGUGGCAUUGUUGCCAUGUCUUUCCUAUCUGUAUCUGGGAAAAUUUCUUUCGCUGGAGCGUUCUUUCUGUUUUCCGCUAUUUCUUCCCUUGCCAUUAUUUUUGUUUUCACAAUAGUACCUGAAACCAAAGGGAAGUCUUUGGAGCAGAUAGAGAUGAUGUUUCAAAAUGAAAAUGAGAGUCAAGUAAAAGAAAUGGAGCUAGGAGAUGUUGAACAGCUUGUGCAGAACAAAACAGGUUUAACAAAUUAG